UGCGGUGCGCACUUGUAGCUCCCCAAAACCCGGAGUCAGCAUCUCUGCGUCCGUUACGCACAGCUGGAGGGACGGUCCGCAGCGGCGAGGGGCCGUGCAGCCGGCGCUACAGUCCUUCCACAGGUUGAAGCUGCCUGCUGUGAAACAUGCAACACACUCUGUGUCCCUGCCUGUGUCUCCUCCCUGUCAGCGGCGUCUUCUCGCCACAUAACGCAGCUGGAACUAUCAAGGAAAAGCAAUGCAUCUGACAUAACUUCCUGUUUGGAGUCAAGACCACGAGGGCAAUGAACGUGCACUCGCCUCCGAGGAGGAGACUCAAGCGCAGUCGCGUCCUCUUCUUCAUCUCGGGUGUGCUGCUGUGUUUCGUCUACACGCUGACUCUCAAGGCCAGGCUGACAGAGCCGCGAGCCUCCGCCCAGACGGAUGACGCUCUUGGAGCACAGGGGGGUGAUGGUGAUGUUGUGGAGGUCAACAUUCGGGAGGUGAUGGCAUCCAAUGAGACGGAGGAGGAGAGUGUCUCACCUGAGAGCACCAAACCUCCUCUGGUGAUAAUCGUCAACAGGACUGAUAUUGAACAGUGUAUUUAUGUCGAUCCUCAACCUCCCAAACCUCCUCCAACUCCACCGCCACCAACCACAUCAGCUACCCCUCGUCCUCCACCCCGGCCCCCUCACAGGCAGGGUGAUUACCCAGAUGACAUCUUCUCAGUGGAGCAGCGGCGACAAGGCUGGGUGGUCUUGCACAUCAUAGGCAUGAUCUAUAUGUUUGUCGCCCUGGCCAUUGUCUGCGAUGAGUUCUUUGUUCCCGCGCUGGAGGUCAUCACCAACAAGCUGCAGAUUUCAGACGACGUUGCCGGGGCCACCUUCAUGGCGGCUGGAGGUUCUGCCCCUGAGCUCUUCACCUCGCUGAUCGGUGUCUUCAUCUCCCACAGCAACGUGGGCAUUGGCACCAUCGUGGGCUCGGCCGUCUUUAACAUCCUUUUUGUGAUCGGCAUGUGUGCCAUCUUCUCCCGGGAGAUGCUGCACCUGACCUGGUGGCCGCUCUUCAGAGACGUAACCUUCUACAUCCUGGACCUCAUCAUGCUCAUCAUCUUCUUCCUGGACAGCAUGAUCCUGUGGUGGGAGAGCGUGUGCCUGGUGCUGGGCUACAUCAGCUACGUGAGCUUUAUGAAGUUCAACAGUCAGAUUGAGCAGGCGGUCAAGACCCAGAUCAACAAGCACAUGAGUAUCGUCAAGGUGUGGACCGCAGAGGAGCCAGAGAAGGAAAGUGAAGCUCCACCAGCACCUGCUCCUCCUGCUGCUCCCCCUGCUGCUGCUCCUCCUCCUGCUCCCUCUGCUGCUCCUACUCCUCCUCCUGCAGCACCAAAAGCUGAAGAUAAAUCCAAACAAGACACUCAACAGACUCUGCGGAGCCCUCAACGCAACAAACCGCCAUCAGAGUCUCAAGAGGACAGAGCAAGACUCAGGGUGCGUCCCGUUCUGCAGCGAGGCGGCAGCUCAGCCUCCCUCCACAACACCUCCCUGAGGAGCACCAUCUUCCAGCUGAUGAUCCACACACUGGACCCUUUGGGAGAAGAGGCAGCUCUUAGAGGGGCUGUGAAAACCCCUGGGCCGAGGAAAGUCAGGAGAGAGACAUCCUUUAAUGGUGAUGUCAGAGGGGAGGGGUCAGUGCAGAGGAAAGCAAAGAACAAAGUAAAGCCUCUGAACGUCCCGGUCACGGGCAAAUUACAGAGCAAGUCGCAUCACCGACACUUUGAAGAGGUUGACCACAAGCCAAUGGAGCUGCCCAGUGCAGUUGCUGCCGGUGCACCAGGGGGCGCUGCAGCCGAGCCGUCCACCUCACAGCCUCAAAAGACAGAAGGGACAAGUGAGACGGACCAACAGCCAGAGGAGACGAAGGCCGCAGCGGGGGGUUCAGAGGGCUCGGAGGACAGCGAUGAGGAUGAUAGCGGCGGCGAGGAAAGCAGUGACUCCAGUGAAAGUGAUGGUGAUGAUGGGGAUGAUGAUGAAAACAAGGAGGAAGAGGAGGAGGAGGAAGAGAAUGAACCGUUGUCUUUAGAAUGGCCUGAAACCAGACGCAAGCAGGCCACCUACCUGUUCCUGCUGCCCAUCGUGUUCCCGCUGUGGCUGACGUUGCCGGAUGUCCGCAACCUGCCGUCCAGGCGGUAUUUUUCCAUCACGUUUAUAGGCUCCAUCAUGUGGAUCGGAGUUUUCUCCUACCUGAUGGUGUGGUGGGCUCAUCAGGUGGGUGAGACUGUGGGCAUCUCAGAGGAAAUCAUGGGCCUGACCAUCCUGGCGGCCGGGACAUCAAUCCCUGACCUGAUCACCAGUGUCAUCGUGGCCCGAAAAGGUCUGGGAGACAUGGCCGUGUCCAGCUCAGUGGGCAGUAACAUCUUCGACAUCACUGUAGGGCUGCCAGUCCCAUGGCUCAUGUACACUCUGCUACACAAGGGCGAUCCGGUAACCGUCCGCUCCAACGGCCUGUUCUGUGCCAUCGUGCUGCUCUUCCUCAUGCUCCUCUUCGUCAUCAUCUCCAUCGCCGCCUGUCGCUGGAAGAUGAGCCGAAUGUUGGGCCUCACCAUGUUCAUACUGUACUUUGUGUUCCUCGUGCUCAGCGUUAUGCUGGAGGAUCGCAUCCUCACCUGCCCCGUUUCAAUCUGAGCUGACGGGUCAAACAUCACCGCUGCACAUGACUCAGUACGUCCAGACAGCAUCGAUACUGUAUGUAGGAUGUGUUAGAUAGAAGAACCAAGCCUGGUGUCAAACGGCUGACUUGGCGCACAAUAGAAACAUUUAACGAGCAGUGAUGUUAAAGGAAAAGUCCACCCUCAACAUAGUGUUACAUUAUUAGUCCAUACACAUUUCCAGCAGCUACUCUGUCAUAACUGUGUGCACAGUCACUCUAUUCAUUUUAUACUGCACCAUAUUUACCCUCCUCCAUUUUACUUAAAGGAGCUAUAUGUAAGAAAUAUAAAGCAAAUAGUCAUAAAAUCCUCCUAAUAUGUCACAGAGACUAAGGAAUAAUGUUCAUAUAACAUACUGAUCUCACCGACAGCAAUGGUACAGCCAGAAUAUUUGCAUCUAAAAAAUUUUUUUACAGUCUGCAAAUCAUGUUUAUGUUUUGAAUUUGUGUUUUGGCCUGUUGCGCCACCCGCCGCCGUCUACCAGUCACGCAGUCAGUAGAGUCUCAGCAUCAGUUACAGUUACGACUGAGCUACAGCAGCACGGCAAGCAGCAUUAGCAGUGUCCCGGUACAUAGCAUUAGCAGCCGGCUCCUCCUCAGCUGUAUCCCGGCAGCAGCGUUAGCAGCAGAGAAGCCGGAUUUGCUCGAAUGGUCCGCUGGAAAACCGAAGAUCAAGGACGCUGCGACGUGGCCCUGCUACGGCAGCCGCCCGCGGGCAAACAAGUCAGUCUCCAGCAUGCUGCUGUCCAGCAACCUCGAAUCUGUAGGGGAGGGGGGGCGGACAUGGCUUGCGGCAGUAUUUUGAAUUUGAGUGCAGUAACCGUUUUGGCCACAGUCUUACAUACAGCGCCUUUAAGUGCAUUCAAAACAUAGUACACUAAAAAAUGUGUUCAUGACAUGUACACUACAUGUUAGGGCUGCCCUCGACUCAGAAUUUUCCUAGUCGACCAACAGUCAUCAUUUAGGGCCAUUAGUCGACUAGUCGCCCACAUGUUUACGAUAUUAAUUUAAUUAUUAAAUUAUAUAUUUUGGGCGGGGCAACACAAUGGUUUGAGUUGAAGGUGUGAGAAAGAAUAGUAUCAGUAACAUUGUUAACACUGUGCUACAUUACAGAAAAAUACAAAACCGUACUAAUGAACCUUCAUUAAUAUAGGCCUAUAUUUUAUCUCCAAGUGCACGUCACACACUGAGCGAGCCGCCUGUUAAUGACGCUGUGGGCUAAUGGGCAUGUAGCUACUUCCAUGUUUCAGAUGAUACGUCAUGUUUGUAGUCGACCAAUGAAGAUGAGUUUACAUAUCACCUUGGGUUCGUCCUUCACCUUCUCAAAAUGAUCCCACACUUUGGAUUUCCUGCCCGACAUGUUAUUAACUAGCCUGUGGAAUAACCGCAGGUACCAGCCCUAGAAAUUAACCUGACUCCUGUCUGACUGCUGAGCGAGGCCACUUCCUGUAUCUGUCCUUUCAAAUCACAUUCCCACAUGAUCCAGACAUUUUCACA